GGUGCAAGAUGGCGGCUGGACAGGAGCUACCUUCAGGAUCGGAGCUACCGGCUCUACCAGCAGCUGUACCCGUGUAACACCGGCGGAUCUACCGGCUCUAUCAGUGGCUGUAGCGGCGUAACACCGGCGGAGCUACGUGCUCUAGCGGCGGCUGGACCGGAGCUUCCUUCUGGACCGGAGCUACUGUGUUUGUACCGGUGUCUCUACCUACUUCCUGUACCGGCGGAGCUACCUCCUGCACCGGUGUGUGUAGCCGUGUAACACCGGUGUCCGUGCCGGCGUCUGUGUACUUUAUUGGUUCCUGUGAUGGUGGAGAGGAGACGCUCUGGCUGCUGUGCUUCACACAACAGCUAGUCCCAAUGCCAUGGCCUCCAGCCACAGCUCCUCCCCAGUGCCUCGUCCCGGCGGUGGAGGCCGAGAUGGGAUCUACCACAAGGAUCUGGAGCGUAAUCCGUCCUCGCCUCGCUGCCGAGCCGUCCGCUCGCUGCCCGACGUCUGCCCCAAGGAGCCCACCGGUGAAGGCCGAGGUCUGUGCAACGGCCCGUCUGUGGUGGAGGAGCACGACCGGUGGACGGUGUUCAGCUCCAAGGUGAACCUCCCCGCCGCCCUCAAUGACCCCCGCCUCGCCAAGCGGGAGUCUGACUUCUUCACCAAGACAUGGGGGCUGGACUUUGCAGAGACGGAGGUGAUGCCCUCCUUCUACCUCCCCAACAUCUCCAGGGAGCAGUUCGGCCCCUACCUGCAGGAGAUGGCUCAGAGGGAGCGCAUCCACGAACGCUGCAAGACGAUCUGUCCCAACAAAGACGAUGUGGACGCUGUCUCCAGUAUCACCACCAACCACGAUAAAUCCAGAGCUGAGCUGGAGCUGGAACAAGUCCCGAAGAUAUUCCUGAAGCCAGACUUUGCUCUGGAGGACCCAGCCACCUUCAACACUGUCCUGCCCUGGUCACACUUCAACAGCGCUGGGGGCAAAAGCAGCAGGGACGUGGCCUCCUCCAAACUGCUGCAGGAGAAGCUGAGUCACUACCUGGACGUGGUGGAGGUGAGCAUAGCUCGCCAGAUAUCUCUGCGCUCCGAGGCCUUCUUCCACGCCAUGUCCUCGCAGCACGAGCUCCAGGACCAGCUCCAGGAGACCCAGCGGGCCGUGGCCGUCCUACGGGGCCGGACGGCAGCCAUGGACCGGGUCAUGUGCCAGGGGCCUCUCCGGGCCCUUCGCACGGCUCUGACUCGCAACAACUGCGUCAAGUUGCACAACAAGCUGAAGCUGAUGGCCGCGGUGCACCAGACACAGCCGACCGUGCAGCUGCUGCUCUCCACCUCAGAGUUUGUUGGAGCACUGGAGCUGAUCUCCACCACCAAGGAGGUGCUGCAGCAGGAGCUGCAGGGAAUCCACAGCUUCAGACAUCUGGGCUCCCAGCUGUGUGAGCUGGAGAAGCUGAUCGAUAAGAUGAUGGUGGAGGACUUCAGCAUGUACGCCCGCAGCGACCUGAACCGCAGCCUGAUGGAGGAGCCCCAGGUCCUGGAGAAGGACCGCAAACCAAACGCUGCCUCAGCUAUAAAGGAGCGUCUGGAGUCGCUGGUGUUCGGACUGCUGCGCCAGAGGAAGCUGGACUUUCUGGACAUUUACAGUGAUGAGAUGAUCCUGGCUGCCAAGGCCAUCGUCUCUCAGUGCGUUGCAGAUUGUGUUGUGCACAUUGAAGACAUUGACACUGAAGUCGUCACUAAGCUUGCUGACCAGAUGCGUCUGAUGACGUUCCCUCAGUGGUUCGAGCUGAUGCAGAACAUCUUCCAGAGUUUCCUUCUCUUCCUCCAGAGAAUCAAGACAACUCUGACUGUGGUCAGGAACGUGGUUCUGGAGCUUCUGGACUCAAACCAGAAGACCCGGCUCCUGGAGGACAUGGGUUCAGGGGCUUCAGGCCCAGAGGCUCCUCAGGAUCCAUCAGGCCUGCAGGGGGAGGCUGAGCUGGCCUACCUCACCCAUGAGGGUCUGUUUAUUAGUGACGCUCUGAGUGAUGGCCAGACGUCACUGGGCCCUCAGGACCAGAACUCUGCAGCGGGAUCCAGGGUACCGCACAGCUGGGUGGAGGCUCCUGGUGGAGGCGGCACCUCGACGGAGACGUCUGCAGCCAGGGAGCAGAGCUUUAUGUCUGGUGAGAGCAUGAUGCCGUCUGAGCUGGAGCUGAACCGCCUGGUCCACAACGUCCAGGAGCUGCUGCACUCGGCCUCUGACAUCAGCCACGACCGCUGUGUCAAGGUCCUCACAGCAAGAGCCAAGGUCGGUUCUCUGGAGCGUCUCAGCUCAGCAGAGUUUGUGAGUCUCUCUCAGGCCGUGGAGGCUUUCGUCAGGGACACAGAGGAGCUGUGUGGCAGGAGGAGCGUGUCCCUGAGGGGGGCGCUGCAGAGCCAGGCCAACCGCUUCGUCCACCGCUUCCACGACGAACGCAAGACCAAACUCAGCCUCCUCCUGGACAACGAGCGCUGGAAGCAGGCUGAGGUUCCUGCUGAGUUUCAGGAUCUGGUGAAUUCCAUUGCUGACGGCAGAAUAUCACUUCCUGAACGCAAGGCCCCAGGUCCAGACGACAGGAAACCUGCAGAAUUCCUCCUGGUCAACGGUCAGAGAUACGCUGUGGUCGGGACGGUUCUGCUGCUGAUCCGGAUCUUCCUGGAGUACUGUCAGUGUGUCAACGACAUCCCGUCCAUCGCCACCGACAUGCUCACACGGCUCUCAGACCUCCUCAAGCACUUCAACUCUCGGAGCUGCCAGCUGGUUCUGGGAGCCGGGGCUCUGCAAGUCGUCGGCCUCAAGACCAUCACCACCAAAAACCUUGCGUUGGUUUCCCGCUGUCUGCAGUUGGUGGUUCAGUACAUUCCCAUCAUCAGAGCUCAUUUUGAAAGCAAACUGCAGCCGAAGCAGUUCAGCGUCCUCAGACACUUUGACCACAUCACCAAGGACUACAACGACCACAUAGCGGAGAUCUCUGCUAAGCUGGUGGCCAUCAUGGACAGUCUGUUUGAGAAGGUUUUAUCAAAGUAUGAAGUGAAGGCUCCGAUGCCCUCGGCCUGCCUCAGGAACGUCUGCAAGCAGAUGGCAAAGAUGCACGAAGCCAUUAACGAACUUCUACCUGAAGAACAGACACAGAUGUUGUUCCUGAGGAUCAACGCCAGUUUUAAGAUGCACCUGAAGAGGCAGCUGGCCCGACUGGGGGUUAUUAAUGAUGGAGGACCACAGCACGGGCUGGUGGUGGUGGACGUGGCCUUCUACACGGAGAACGUUCAGGCCCUGAAGAGCCUCGAGAGACUGGACCUGAACAUGACAGAGAUCUGGGAGCAGAAGAGGUGAUGAUGAUGGAGUCUGGACGUCCCUGAACCCUGGACCCUGGACCCUGACCUGGGGGUCUGAUGGGGUCUGGCUGCAGGAGAUGGAGGCCCAGAAGGACCAAACUCAUGAAUCUGGGAGAAGAGCUACAGCCUCAGUGGCUUCAGAGACUCCAUCACCUCACGUGACUGUGUGCAAUUCAACAGGAAUCCUAUUAAAUUAUUAGAGUGUUAGUGGGAGCGCGGGCGGCCAUGAUGGUUAAGAUGGAGGGUAAUUUAUUUUUCUGACUCUAUGUCCUCCAGUGGGACAGGACCAUCAUCGUCAUCAUCAUCAACGUCAUCAUCACACUAAAACCCUCCAAUUGUCUUGGAGGAUGAUUUUCUCCUUCCUGCUCUGAAACAAUCACAGGGAUCCUUUGACUUUAUUGGUUUGGUUGUUUUUAUAAUUUAAACUACAAUGAUUUGAGGAGGGGGAGGAGCAGGGGGUGGAGUUGAGGGGAGGUAAUUGAUCUUUUUUUAAAAACAACGUCCAGACUGUGAAAGCACCUCCAGUCUCAGUCCUUGAGAUCAGUGCGUCAUGUGGUGUUGUUCUCUGUGCUGGUUUUAUAUCUUAUAUGUGGUGAGUUGAUGCUGAAUGUGAAGCAUGAACAUCAGCUACUGACUCUGCUCCACUUUACUUUCAUCUGCACCAGCUUCUGCCUUUUGUCUGAAAACUGAAAGUAAACGGACAGAACAGAAAAUCUGAAAACCUCCUUUAAUCCUGCUCAUUACCCAGAAGGCCUUGCUGCUAGCAGACUGAAGGCCAGAUCAGGACCAGGGUCAGGUUCUUGAGGUGCACCUGUAGGUUUUAAGGUUUCAGUGAAGAGAACAUGGAGGGGACACCACGGUUCCUUCCUCCUCCUCCUCCUCCUCCUCCUCCUCUGCAGUUAUGAUGAGAUGCAUAUAAUAAUGAGAGAGGGAUGGACCCCCCCCCCCCCCCCAUCAGUGUCUGUUUCAGAAGUGCCUACUUUUGAUUUCCUGUCAGAGAUGCUCUCCACUACAGUGUGCCUACCACACCACUGUGUGAAUGAAUAAUGAGUGAAUGAGUGAAUCCUCAUGAUGAGCAGCAUGUGUGAGACUGGAAUCCUUCAACCCUGCUGACAAUAAAACAGGAUGAUGGAGCAA